AUUUAUUUAAAUCGUUCAGGUCGACUUGGCCUAUUAUCGUAUUCAGAGCUCGGGGUCAAAAACACCGUGAAAGACAAAAUAAUGGAAUUUAAUAUUUUCAUUGUCCGUGAUCAGUUUUCAUUCGGGAACAUUAUUACUGCACACGGUGUCUGUAAACAUGGACGCCUAAUUCACUAGUUAGAGAUUUCCUGUCGGGUAGGAUGACUACCAAUUGGAUAUGUAUUUCCAGCUGAUCCUAAUCCUUACGGCGGUAGCAAUAGGAGAGGCACAUUUGUGUUAUGAGUGUACUUCCCUAGACGAUGGCUGGUGCACCGAACACUUUGUUGGUAAGGACGCUUCCUCGUUCUUCCAUCAUGUCGUCAACUGUACCGGAGACUGUAUGAAAAUGACCGUCCGAGUUACGGACAGCAAAUACUUCUAUGUCAGGACGUGUGACGUCAGUAAGGGAUUUUCCAACACGUGUUCUGUUGGCAGCUAUGUUUUGGGAAUUCCCACCAGUACGGUAUGCGUGUGUUCAGGAAAUCGCUGCAACACCGCCGCUAGAAUCUGCAGCACAGACUGUUUAUAUUCUGUGUUUUGGACAUUAUUCCUAUUUCUUUAUUUGUCAAACAUGUUUGCAUGAUCUCUUCAUUUACUUGUAUGAUUUACAGUUGUUGAUAAAGUUAAAAAUAUA